UGCAUAUCCUUAUCGCAGGUUUCGGCUUUGUAAAUUAAUUCGUCUGCAAAUAGUGCCCUGUCUCCAGCUGCAGUUUCAACACUGGAGCGCUGGUUUCUUAAGGAUUUAAGUUUAAAGUCAAGGGCUUCCUGCCCUAGGUGUUACAAAUAAGUAGUGUCGUUUUCUUUUCGCUCCGAGUUUGUUCAUCCAAUCAUAGUCCGGUAUGCAAAUAGACCUUAGCCCGUGCAGAUAAAAAGGAACAAAUAAAGCCAAGUGCUCUAUCAGAACCAAAUCGCUGAGCCUGUCACCUGUGUUCCAGGAGCCGAACCAGAAAUGUCGUCCUCAGGCAUGCCAGACUUACCUGUCCCACUCACCAAUUUGACAUAUAAAUAUACGAAGAUUUUCAUAAACAAUGAAUGGCAUAAUUCAGUGAGUGGCAAGAAGUUUCCUGUCUUUAAUCCUGCAACCGAGGAGAAACUCUGUGAAGUGGAAGAAGGAGAUAAGGAAGAUAUUGACAAAGCAGUGAAGGCCGCAAGAAAGGCUUUUCAGAUCGGCUCUCCAUGGCGUACUAUGAAUGCUUCGGAGAGGGGGCGACUAAUCUACAGGUUGGCUGACUUAAUUGAAAGAGAUCGUCUUCUCUUGGCAACAAUGGAAUCAAUGAAUGGUGGAAAACUAUUCUCUAGUUCGUAUCUGAUGGAUUUGGGAGGCUGCAUCACAACAUUACGCUACUGUGCAGGGUGGGCUGACAAGAUCCAAGGCCGCACAAUACCCAUCGAUGGAAACUUUUUUACUUACACGAGACAUGAGCCUGUUGGUGUAUGUGGCCAAAUCAUUCCUUGGAAUUUCCCGCUGGUCAUGCUCAUUUGGAAGAUAGGGCCUGCCCUGAGCUGUGGAAAUACCGUGGUUGUCAAACCUGCAGAGCAAACUCCUCUCACUGCCCUUCACGUGGCAUCUUUAAUCCAAGAGGCAGGUUUCCCUCCCGGAGUAGUGAACAUUGUCCCUGGUUACGGGCCUACUGCUGGGGCGGCAAUUUCUUCCCACAUGGAUAUAGACAAAGUGGCCUUCACAGGAUCUACAGAGGUUGGCAAGAUGAUCAAAGAAGCUGCGGGGAAAAGCAACCUGAAGAGGGUGACCCUGGAGCUUGGUGGAAAGAGCCCCUGCAUUGUGUUUGCUGACGCUGACUUGGACAAUGCCGUUGAAUUUGCACACCAGGGGUUAUUCUACCACCAAGGCCAAUGUUGUAUAGCUGCAUCCAGGCUUUUUGUGGAAGAAUCGAUUUAUGAUGAGUUUGUCCGACAGAGUGUUGAACGGGCUAAGAAGUAUGUCCUUGGAAAUCCUCUGACCCCAGGAGUCAAUCAAGGCCCUCAAAUUGAUAAGGAACAAUAUGAAAAAAUACUUGACCUCAUUGAGAGUGGGAAGAAAGAAGGAGCCAAACUGGAGUGUGGUGGAGGCCCAUGGGGGAAUAAAGGCUACUUCAUCCAGCCCACGGUCUUCUCUAAUGUUACAGACGACAUGCGCAUCGCCAAAGAGGAGAUAUUUGGACCAGUGCAGCAAAUCAUGAAAUUUAAAUCUUUAGAUGACGUGAUCAAGAGAGCAAAUAAUACUCUUUAUGGCUUAUCAGCAGGAAUCUUUACCAAAGAUAUUGAUAAAGCCAUAACAGUCUCCUCCGCUCUGCAGGCUGGGACAGUAUGGGUGAAUUGCUAUAGCGUGGUAUCUGCCCAGUGCCCCUUCGGUGGAUUCAAGAUGUCUGGAAAUGGAAGAGAACUGGGAGAAUAUGGUCUCCACGAAUACACAGAGGUCAAGACAGUCACAAUGAAAAUUUCUCAGAAGAACUCAUAAAGAAACCACAAGAAUGGAGCGAAGAAUCCUCAAUGACUAAGCAUCUCCUAUAGUCGCUAAUAUAUUGUAGUGGGUUUUAAAUGCACAAUUGUUCUUUUCUUGAUUUUUUUAAACAUAAGCUAAUCAUAUUAGCAUUAAAACUACACAUAGAAAACUUGACAUGUAGCUUAUUCAGAAAGAAUCCUUUAUCUUCUGAUAUGUGACCCUCAAGUCCUAUCUAUAAAACAAGGAUGGAGCUGAUAUGAGAUCUCUCCAAGCUCUGUAAUAGUUAUGUGCUUCUCCUUGUAGUUACUCGUCCAGGAUAAUCAUGUUAUAGAAGAGGUCCAGUUGUCAUGUAGCUUCUUUCUCUAACAACCCCUUUAAGUCCUUAACACACCUUUGAGCUGCAGAGUAGAUGUGUUCUGUUCGCAGUAGUUGUGAAUUCAUUGGAGUUUGUUGAAAUGUUUCCUUGAAUGUCAUGUCUGCUUGUCAAAAGAAGUAAUGCCUGAAAUACUUAGCUGUAAUCUAAACAUAAAGCUUAAUAAAAACAACCUUGCAUGAUU